AUGCCCGAGCGCGGUCAAUCACCUCCCCCGGAGCGGUCCACGGGCAAGCAGAUGCAUGAUGCGCCUGGAUCCGGCAAAGGAAUCGACGACGCCACAAACAAGGAGGACGUUAACAAGAAGGCUAUUGAGCAUUUGACAUCCAACCCAAGAGGUCCCAUGGAGGACGAGGUUGAGAAGAAGUUUGAGAAAGGGUUCCACCCAAGUGAAUGA